AUGGCUGCGCAAAUCACUCCUUCGAAGCAGGCUGCUUCCGGUAUUCAAAACCUUAACAUGGAAUCUCCCGUCAAGAAGCUCGACUUUGGAGUCGCCAACAAGGAGAACGAGCCUCACAAGAACAUCGAUACUACACAACUCAAGACGAAGAUUGUCGAGGAGACCAAGGAGGAGACAAAGACGGUUGUCACUGCCAAGACUGAGGAGCUCGACGAGCCCCUCCUCCAAGAGAACCCUCAGCGUUUCGUUCUCUUCCCCAUUAAGUACCAUGAGAUCUGGCAAAUGUACAAGAAGGCCGAGGCUUCCUUCUGGACCGCCGAGGAGAUUGAUCUCUCCAAGGAUCUCCACGACUGGAACAACCGUCUGACCACUGACGAGCAGUUCUUCAUCUCUCACAUCCUUGCCUUCUUCGCUGCUUCCGAUGGCAUUGUCAACGAGAACCUUGUUGAGCGGUUCAGCGGCGAGGUCCAGAUCCCUGAGGCUCGAUGCUUCUACGGAUUCCAAAUCAUGAUGGAGAACAUUCACUCCGAGACCUAUUCCCUGCUCAUUGACACCUACAUCAAGGAGCCUGCCCAGCGAACCUACCUCUUCAACGCUGUUGAUACCAUUCCCUGCAUCCGAAAGAAGGCUGACUGGGCCAUUCGAUGGAUCCAGGACAAGGACUCUACCUUUGCCCAGCGUUUGGUUGCCUUCGCUGCUGUCGAGGGUAUCUUCUUCAGCGGUGCCUUUGCCUCCAUCUUCUGGCUCAAGAAGCGUGGCCUCAUGCCCGGUCUGACCUUCUCCAACGAGCUCAUCUCUCGUGAUGAGGGUCUCCACACCGACUUUGCCUGCCUUCUUCACUCCCAUCUCAAGGGCCGUGCUAGCAAGCAGAUGAUCCAGGACAUCAUUUGUGAUGCCGUCACCAUUGAGCAGGAGUUCCUCACUGAGGCUCUCCCCUGUGCCCUGCUUGGCAUGAACUCCAACCUCAUGAAGCAGUACAUUGAGUUUGUCGCUGACCGUCUGCUCGUCGCUCUCGGCAACGAGAAGGUCUACAAGGCCACCAACCCCUUCGACUUCAUGGAGAACAUCUCUCUUGGUGGCAAGACCAACUUCUUCGAGAAGCGUGUCGCUGACUACCAGAAGGCUGGUGUCCUCCACAGCGCGAGCAAGAAGGCCGACGAGGAGGAGCCCCCCAAGGGUGAGAACGGUGGUGACUUCACCUUCGACGAUGACUUCUAG